AUGAAUAAAAGAUACUUGCAGAAAGCAACGAAAGGAAAACUGCUAAUAAUAAUAUUUGUUGUAACACUGUGGGGGAAAAUAGCAUCUGGGGCAAAUCACAACAAAGCUCAUCAUGUUAAAACUGGAACUUGUGAAGUGGUGGCACUCCACCGAUGUUGUAAUAAGAAUAAAAUAGAAGAAAGAUCACAGACAGUCAAGUGUUCCUGCUUUCCUGGUCAGGUAGCAGGUACCACUCGAGCAGCUCCUUCCUGUGUUGAUGCCUCAAUUGUAGAACAAAAAUGGUGGUGCCACAUGCAACCAUGUCUUGAAGGGGAGGAAUGCAAAGUCCUCCCAGAUCGAAAAGGGUGGAGCUGUUCAUCUGGGAAUAAAGUGAAAACAACAAGGGCUAAUGUGUAAAACCAUACAAGAACAAGGAGAUUUCUGCAGUGCCUGAUGACAUUUUUUGAUAUUCCACACACACAAAAUGUUCUGUCUCCACGUUUGGAGCAAUAGUUGUAAUGAAUCCUAGUCUUGGUCGGAUUCUCAGGAAGGGUCAGAAGGUGUGUUGAUGAGGAGAGAGUCAAAACUACUG